AUGUCGUCUUUAGCGAAUGGGAACGGAAUACCACCCAGUCCGAGCCAAACAAGCAUUACCACUGAUGAUCUGUCGAACUAUGAUCUGCCAGACCUCCCGACAAUGUCAAGAGUCUGGGGAAAGCAUGCUUUUGUUCUGGUCAUUCAGCAGCAACCGCAGCGCGCACGCAUGUGUGGUUUUGGCGACAAGGACCGUCGACCCAUCACACCUCCCCUGAUUGUCAAGCUGCUGAUUGUCGACUCGGCGACAAAUCAGGAGAUCAACUACGAGGCAAAUACGGAAUGGUCGAAGCUCAUUCUCAGCGUAGACCUCUGGGAUGUCCACGGCGAGCACGAAGACAACUGUGUCAGGCAUAAUGCCGCUGCCCCAUCCAUCUCAGCGACCACCACCACCGCUUAUCCAGCCAUAAUCCAGCAGAUGGGUCCUAGAGCCCAGCAACUCUUUUCCUACGAUCCCAUGAAUGCUCCCGCCUACCGUAGAGAUGUGAUGGUUACACCCACACCUGGUAGCGUCCCAUCGUCUCCUUAUGAGAGACCUCCGGCGUUCCCUCCCAACCACCAUCAAGCUUACAACGGACACUACCAGAACUCAUACAACGGCGGUUACCCACAACGAGGCAUUCCUCAGGAGAUGGCUCCCUCCCCAGCAUCAUCUCUUCAGUCCCGCCCUUCGCAAGAUACGGGCUCACCGAGUCCGAACAGGUCUGAGCCGUCCAAGAACCUGAUUGGCCAAUGUCAUAGUAGCCUUCAAAAAUUGGACGGCCUCGACGAGAUCCCGGGGCUGUUCUUCAUCUUCCAAGACUUGAGUGUUCGAACCGAAGGCUGGUUUCGACUGAAAUGCCAACUCUUUGCGCUGGGCAAACUAGGUCUGGACGGUGAAGAAGGAGUGACGGGCGAGAUUCGUAACGGACUGCUCGUCGAAUGUCCCUGCCUGGCUGCCACAUUCACCAAACCUUUCAAGGUAUUCAGUGCGAAGAAAUUCCCAGGUGUAGUCGAGACCACUGCUUGGAGCGAGAAAUUUGCGCUGCAAGGGAUCAAGAUACCGAUCCGGAAGUCAGAUACUAAGGGUAAGACAAGGAAGCGGAAUCGUGGAGAGGACAGUGAUGACGAUGAUGAUGAUGAGCAAGACGAGUAG